UAUUUGCCAUUGGUUGGCCCGAUGAUGCGUUUCGGGAAUAAGAGAGCAAUGUUCAAGCAGAUCGCCCUAGAUCUAGAUCUAGAACUGCAACUUACGUACACGGGAGACCAGUGCGACGCCCGAUUUAAAACUAUUAAGAGGCGUGGAACUGGAGCACUUAAACACAAUUCAACUACGGGAAACAGCAGGAAAGUGAUUGAGUUUGAGGAGGAACUCAACCAAUUACGUCAAAUCGAUGACAGCUUCCAGCCAGAGGUUCUGAUGAGUGCAGAAAGGAUGGAAUUACAGGCAAAAGAUAAGCCAAUAAAGACGGAGUCAAACAAAAAAAGAGCGAGGCCGAGUGAAAUUAUUCUGCAAAUGCACGAGGAGCGAGAAACUAAUAAGCGGAUGAGAUACGAGGAGAGGGAACAGAAAAAGAAAGACAGGCACGAAGAGAAAAUGCAGCUUCUGCGGCAACUCAUCAAUCCAAAAUAAUUCACACACAGACACAUUGGCUGCAUCUAUAUAUCGCGAACUCUAACAUCCUAAUCUCAUGAGUCACUUGACUUAUUCCGUCGCUAUGAUGUAUAACCAGGCUCAUCCUAGAA